AUGCCAAAUUCACCCACCCUUGAUGAAGAUUGCCCCACAAGGUAUGCACUUUUUGGGGCUUCUUCAGCAAGCUCGGCGAAAGAUGAUCUUCUCAAACAAGCUGGCCUUCCUUCCUCCAUAAGUUGUUCUAUUUUAAGAGGAUUGUUGGGUUGGCUUGAUGCAAAUUGCGUUGUCAAUCUGGUUCAAGAAACAGAUGAGGUUUCCUCCAACUGCUGCCACUGUCAACUCCUCUCUACUGCUUGGUAUCUGCAGUCUCCAUAUAUGGCUUUAGUACAUGUUGGUAGUGAACUUGCAAAGCUCGUCCUUGGUCGAGUUUCAACAGAAGUGGAUGCUUGUCUUGCAUUGUUAGGAAGGUAUUGAUUGUUGGAAAAUUUGAAUUUAAAUUUACUCCAAUGGUUGUAUCUCUUGAGAUGAAAGGGUGUGUCCUUUUGAAGGGUCAUAACCGUUCUGAAGAGUCACAUAAAAGUCUUUAUAUUCCAUCUCCCUCACUUCAUUUUGAGAAGAGAAUUGUCAUUUUUCUUCUUCACUUUGAAUUUAUUCUUC